CAUGCUUCCUCAUCUCAAUUGAACAAAUGUGUUGAGAAGAGGGACAAAAGCCCAGAACGAGGGCGAUUUUAAGGUGUCAUGACGCAUGGCUCCUUUAGAUUCUCACGUACUAGCUCGAAGGUACGAAGAUGUCACCUAUAAGUCAUGGCUGAUCUAUUUCCUUCUUGCUGGACCAGAGGAGCAGUUCUGCUUAUAAUACAGAAGUCUGCAUGUAGUUCUUUGUGAAGCCAAAGGUCCAAAACUCAUGUGAUUGAUAUUUGUAUUAAACAAUAGCUAAUAUACUAAUAUAGUCAAACAAUCCACCCUAGUGAAUUGCUUAGGCCAGGAAAGCUUGAAUUUCCUAAAAUGGCAUGCCAGUAUCAUUGACUAUCUUGCCUUUGAGUUCCUUCGUUUAAUUACUUUGUCCCCGGAAAGAUUCACAGUGAAUUUGGCAAAUUGCCACUUUAGCAAUUCUAGAAUUCUGGGUUUUCCGAGAGAGACAGCGAUGGAGAAAAGCAAAAUUUUGAUAAUUGGGGCAACUGGAAGAUUAGGGUACCUCUUAACCAAAGCAAGCCUCGAUUUUUCUCACCCAACGUUUGCUCUUGCAAGAGAGUCUGCCUUCUCUGACCCUAUCAAGUCUCGGAAGCUUCAAUCUCUCACCGAUUCUGGAGCAACCAUUCUUAAAGGUUCGCUCCAAGAUGAAGUGAGCCUUGUUGAGGCAGUGAAGCAAGUGGAUGUAGUGAUUUCAGCUGUUUCAGCAAAACAGAUUCUUGACCAGAAGCUUCUUAUCCAAGUCAUCAAACAAGUUGGCUCCAUCAAGAGGUUCGUCCCAUCAGAAUUUGGAUCAGAUCCUGACAAGGUUCGAAUUUCUAUCCUUGAUGCUGGCUAUAAUUUCUACAAACACAAAGUAGAAAUCCGACGACUCGUGGAGGCUGAAGGCAUUCCAUAUACUUGCAUCUCCUGCAAUUUCUUCAUGAGCCUUUUGAUUCCUUCUCUUGUUCAACCAGGCUUAAAAGUUCCUCCUAGGGACAAGGUCACUAUAUUUGGUGAUGGAAAUACAAAAGGUGUCUUUGUUGAGGAAAGUGAUGUUGCCGCCUUCACUAUCAAUGCUGUGGAUGACCCUCGUACAUUAUGUAAAGUUUUGUACUUGAGACCACCAGGAAAUGUUUAUUCCAUUAGUGAGCUAAUUGAUUUAUGGGAGACCAAAACGGGGAAGAAGCUUGAGAAGUCUCAUGUGUCUGAAGAAGACCUGCUUAAGAACAUUAAAGAGACUACUUUCCCAGACAAUUUUGAGAAGCUAUUUAUAUAUUCUGCUUUCAUACUUGGAGAUCACACUUACUUCAAUAUCGACUCGAGGUCUGGCGUAGAGGGUUCAGAGCUGUACCCACAUGUGAAGUAUACUACAAUCAGUGAAUUCUUAGGCACUCUAGUCUAGGCUUCAUUUGGAAAUGUUAGGACUAAAUAAAGUGUGUAGUGCACAUCGAUAUACCAAGCUUGUUCAAUCUUUCCUUGUUUUCGUAAACAAAUCAUAAGGCUAUGUUAUUGUUUGGGACAAAUCAACAAUGGUUAUUGCCUUGAAUUCAGGGAUGAAGUCAUUACUUCGUUGGUAACAGAGUUGAGCAAGAAACUGACACUAAAGGUAAGCAAGUGUAGGGAAUUCAUCUGGCUGAACCUUAGGCUCUUCCGCUGCAUAGAGAUUCAGAAAUACAUGUGUGAAUACUCUGUGCAUUAGUGUCGAAUAAAAAGUCAUUUGCUUGGUUCUUGCAAAUCAGUGUACAUAAUUCCCGAGGUCCACCUUAUGGAUUAUAAUUUAGCAUGUUCUCGGUCUGUGUUUGAACUUUGAACGGCCUUGUCAUGUAAAAUUGAAUGAUUUAAUUUGAUUCUCUUAUCUCUGUUUUUUUUUU